AUAUAUUUUUAAAAACAGUUGUUAAUCAAACCAAAAUGCUAAUUAAAUGCAAGAAAUAGAUCUCGAUACCAAAGGGCCCAAAAAAGUGAUGCUUCGGUCACACCUGUACAAGUUUAGCCAUUUACUCAUUUACCCAUGUUCUCGUCACCAGGAUAACUUGAAAAGUGGGACAUUGGCCAAACCCACUGAUGAAAGUGGUCUCAGAUGGAUUUACCCUUGACAAAUCUGCAGGGAGACGUCCUACAUGCUCAUUUGUGAACAGCAAUUCUAAACAUAAAAAUAAAUCUACUGUAUAUAUAAGCUAGAGAAUCAGAGACUCCUAAUAAAGGAUAGACAGUCAGUGACCACACUGUGAUCAAAUUUGUAGAGAGGUUGUAAACAAUACAGAGGAUUCAUAUUGUGAAUUGUUUUUUUUACAAACUAUGCUUAAAGGACUAUUUCAUAGAUCGCUGUGUUUUUUUGUCCUCAUACAUGCAGAAAAGAAGUGAUGGAAAAUUCCUCUGGAGAAUUCAAGUUUGUGCUUCAAGGAUUGAAUGACACAUGGACAAACAGAUAUAUUUAUUUUGCAUUCGGUCUAAUUAUCUAUAUUAUGACUUUUUCCCUAAAUAUGACACUAGCUAUUACGAUCAUACUUGACAAAACACUUCAUGAACCUAUGUAUAUAUUUAUAUGCAAUUUGUUUGUUAAUGGGAUACUUGGAGCUUCUGCUUUCUAUCCAAAAAUCCUUGCUGACCUUUUAUCAGAAUAUCAUGUUAUCUCCUAUAUAGGAUGCAUCUCACAAGUUAACAUAAUUUAUUGUUAUAUUUUUUGUGAAUACACAUGUUUAACAGUCAUGUCAUAUGACAGAUACAUAUCCAUUUGUAAGCCUUUGGAGUAUCAUUCUAUUAUGACACCUCAGAAAUGUUUAAAAUUGUUGAUUAUUACUUGGUUCUGUUCCAUACUAGAGGCUGUUGUUGGGGUUUUGCUGACUGCCCGACUUCCAUUAUGUAGUAAUGUCAUUGACAAGCUUUACUGUUCUAACUGGGAAGUUGUUAAGCUGGCUUGCACAGAUGUGACAGUGAACAGUGUGUAUGGGUAUUUUAUAAUAGUUUCUCAUACAUCUCAAGCUGUAUUCAUCAUUGUGUCAUAUAUAAGCAUUAUCAGAGCUUCUUUAAGAUCCAAGACUCAGUGGGCAAAAUUCAUGCAAACAUGCCUUCCUCAUUUAAUAGCACUCACAAACUUCACUAUUUCCCUGCUCUUUGAUGUCAUGUAUGCACGUUAUGGCAAAAUCCAGGGACUGCAAGCUCUACGCAACACCUUGGGUAUUGAAUUACUUGUUGGGCCUCCUCUCCUAAAUCCAAUAAUAUAUGGAUUUAAGCUAACACAGAUAAGACAAGGGUUUGUUAAAAUAUACAGGCAGAGACGUAAAGCUUUACAGCAUAGCUAA